AUCAAGUCAAUCAAGUCAUAAACUUUUCAAUUUUCAUACAAAUCAUACAAUAGUCAAUACAAAUCUAUAAACGCUAGACUUUUUGUGACCGAAACAACACCUAAUCGUGAUUUUAUCAUAAUAUUAAAACAGCUGGAAAGUGUGCGUGAUCAAAUGAGUCAAAGUAAAAUUAAUUUGGUAAUUUAAUUAUGUGAAUACUUUCUCUUUACGAAUUGUGUUGCGACAUCAACAAUGGAUCGCUUUACACCAAGCAGUAUACUUGUUUCUUUAUCUUCAAAUACCUCAAACGGAACCGAUGAUGAGGGUUGUAUGCUUCUAAAUCCGUCGCAGAAUGUGAUAAUUACUGGUGCGUACAAUGGUAUACCACAGACCUUGAUACUAAACUUGAUAUCGUGGAGCUGUUUAAUUCUAUUAUUUACCGUGUUACGACGCACCGCAUGGAAUUAUGGACGGAUGGCUUUAGUGCAGCGUUCUAAAAGUCGCUGGACAAAUUUAUUCUACCGAGGUGGAGAUAAUGACGCAUUAGUGGAGAGACGAAGAAGUGCCGAUGAGUCGUUAAAUAUCGAUGAAGGAUUUUUCACUUGGCUGCCUGCUGUAUUUCGUCUUACUCGCGAGCAAGUACUUGCCAAGUGUGGACCAGAUGCUGUUCACUAUCUGUCCUUCCAGAGACAUGCAAUAACGCUUAUGUUUAUUGUCACUGUGGUCUCCAUUGGAAUAAUUCUUCCGAUUAAUUUCCAAGGGUCAGCACAACUCGAUGCCAGUACAUUCAGUCGUACAACAUUAUCCAAUAUCAAUGGUAGGUCCUAUUGGUUGUGGGUACAUACUUUGAUAAGUAUUAUGUUUCUACCAAUCUCUGUAUUGAUUAUGAGAAGAUGUACAGGAAGAAAACCAGUACCUACAUCUAUGACAGGAACAAUUAUGAUCACAAACAUAUCAAAAGCUGACAGAAAUGAGGCAACAAUAAGGGCAUACUUUACACAUAACUUCCCACAUAUUCAAAUUGUUGAUUUGCGCCUUGCUUAUAAUAUAAAUAAAUUAAAUGAAGUACAGGAAAAGAAAGAAAUGGUGACAGAAGCCCUUAUUUAUACUGAUACAUACUUCAGGAAAACUGGGAAGCGAAUAACAGUUAAACCAACAUUAUGCGGGCCAGAAUUGGAUGCUCUAGAAUAUUACACUAAUGAAGAAAAACGAUUAAAAGAUGAAGCAAUUAGAUGUAAAGCUAUUGUACUGAAUGAUCCCUUAGGUAUAGCUUUUCUAACUUUGCCCUCGUAUCAAUUAGCUGAACAUGUUAUUAAUCACUUCAGCUUACACCGUGGGUGGGUUCUUCAACAUGCCACCAACCCAUCAGACAUUAUUUGGGAGAAUUUGUGUGUGCAGCCUGGUGUCUGGUAUGUUAAGGCAAUUAUUAUCAACUUUAUUCUGUUUAUUGUCCUUUUCUUCCUAACGACACCUGCUUUUGUUGUUAAUCUCAUAAAUACAUCAAUCGCUAAACCAGAAACUCUAAAUAGAGUCAGUAGUUUAAUCUUCGAGUUUCUUCCCACAUUACUUCUGUGGACCAUGGCAGCUGUGAUGCCGGCAAUUGUGGCCUUCUCGGACAAAUUCCUUUCACAUUGGACCAAAUCCCAGCAAAAUUAUUCUAUAAUGACAAAAACAGUAAUGUUUCUUCUACUUAUGACUUUGAUUUUACCAUCAUUAGGACUUGCUAGUGCUGAAGCAUUCAUGGCGUGGGCAUUGCACCAUGAAAAUGAUACAAUGCGCUGGGACUGUGUUUUUCUUCCAGAUAAGGGUGCACUGUUUGUUAAUUACGUAAUUACCUCUGGCUUCAUAGGUACUGCGCUCGAACUUAUACGAUUCCCUGAGUUAUUUCUAUAUGUCUGGUAUUUAUUACAGUCAAAAUCGAAAGCUGAGAAGAGUUAUGUCAAGAAAGCUAUUUUGUAUGAGUUCCCUUUCGGAGUGCACUAUGCUUGGAGUUUGGCAAUUUUCUCUAUAACUAUGGUCUACAGUUUGGCCUGCCCUUUGAUAGCACCGUUUGGGCUUAUCUACUUCUUGUUCAAACACAUUGGCGACAAGCAUAAUUUGUAUUUUGCCUAUGGACCGUGCGAUAUGAGCGGGGUUGGCGGCGGGCGAAUUCAUGCAACUGCUGUUAGAUUAAUUCGAGUUUCAGUGUUGCUUUUGCUGAUAAGUAUGGCGGCUUGGGCUGGCCUGCGAGCAGGUUUUGAGGCCCGAACGAUAAUCUUGAUAAUGGCUUCAAUUGUUGCUUUUGGGACAUUCCUAUUACUAAGUCCAUUUCCUAGCUGCACACCUCCAGCGCCUCUCCAAGAGGAAUCUAGUAUGAGGUUUUCGGAGUACGUUGCUCCGGUUUUAACUAAGCCGCUGGAUUCUCCGCCCACUUCAUCGCCUUCGACACCAGAUUAUGGCGCGUCAUCACCAGUCGUUAAUCUAUCUUACAAUCCAGACCCUAUAAACAUAUAGAUUGUUUGGCUUAAUAAAUUAAUGUUUGGCAAAGUCAUAUCAAGAGAUAAAAGAAUAUCUUUAGAUAUCGAUCGCGGUUUUGAUAUUGACAAAAGAAAAGUAUUUAUAGCAAUGUAAAUAGGUAUGUUACUAAUGCAAUAUUUUUAUAUUAUAAUAUAUUCCUAGUCCUUAGGAUAUUUUGAAGGAAUCUGUAUUAACUUUACUCUUAUAAUUCGUUGCCUUAUUCAUAUAU